GUGACGAGGCAGCGCCGAGCGGCCGCCGGCCGGGCCCAUCCCGCCGCCGCAGCGGGCCCCGGGGCCGAGCAGGGGCGCAGCGGGGCGGGAGCGGCGACAGAAUGGUGCUGGAAGGAAACCCCGAAGUGGGGUCCCCCCGAACCUCAGGCCUCCACCACCCCGGCAACCAGAGCGCCUGCGUCCUCUCCUGUCCCGGCGAAGAAGCGGUGCCGGGCGAGGAGCCCAUCAAGUACGGCGAACUCAUCGUCCUGGGAUGCUGUGAGGAAGGUGAGGAAACCGAGGCUCAGAGAGGGGAAGUGACUGGCCCAAGGGCACACAGCUGCUACAAUGGGUGUCUGGCAAGUGGGGACAAAGGCCGCCGGCGAAGUCGCCUGGCCCUGAGCCGCCGGCCACAUGCCAAUGGAGUGAAACCCGACGUCAUGCACCACAUCUCCACCCCGCUCGUCUCCAAGUUGUCCUUCUGCAGCAUGUGCCACCACCCCUCCUCCCUGGAGUGGCCCUGGGCCCCGGGUUUUCGACGCUGGCUCUUCGGUCGUUUCUCCCAGUGGCCAGCUGGAGGUGACUCCUUUCCCCCCACCCAGGCAUUGAGCAACCGUGGCCAGCAUAGCAUCUCAUACACGCUGUCCCGGAGUCACUCGGUCAUUGUGGAGUAUACACACGACAGCGACACAGACAUGUUCCAGAUCGGCCGCUCCACGGAAAACAUGAUCGACUUUGUGGUAACAGACACGUCACCCGGGGGAGCGUCCACCGAGGGCCCCUCGGCCCAGAGCACCAUCUCCCGCUAUGCCUGUCGUAUCCUCUGUGACCGCCGGCCACCCUACACCGCCCGCAUCUAUGCUGCUGGCUUCGAUGCCUCCAGCAACAUCUUCCUUGGAGAGCGGGCAGCCAAAUGGCGGACCCCCGAUGGCCUGAUGGACGGUUUGACCACCAACGGGGUGCUGGUGAUGCAUCCAGCCGGGGGUUUUGCUGAGGACUCGGCGCCCGGUGUCUGGCGGGAGAUCUCGGUGUGCGGGAAUGUGUACACGCUGCGGGACAGCCGCUCAGCCCAGCAGCGGGGCAAGCUGGUGGAGAGCGAAUCCAACGUGCUGCAGGACGGCUCCCUGAUCGACCUGUGCGGGGCCACGCUGCUAUGGCGCACUCCAGCCGGGCUGCUGCGGGCCCCCACGCUGAAGCAGCUGGAGGCGCAGAGGCAGGAGGCGAACGCGGCCCGGCCACAGUGCCCUGUGGGCCUCAGCACUUUGGCCUUCCCCAGUCCGGCGCGGGGCCGCACAGCGCCCGACAAGCAGCAACCCUGGGUCUACGUGCGCUGCGGCCACGUCCACGGCUACCACGGCUGGGGCUGCCGGCGGGAGCGUGGGCCCCAGGAGCGCGAGUGUCCACUCUGCCGCCUGGUGGGGCCCUACGUGCCACUGUGGCUGGGCCAGGAGGCCGGCCUCUGCUUGGACCCGGGGCCACCCAGCCAUGCCUUCGCCCCUUGUGGGCAUGUGUGUUCUGAGAAGACAGCCCGCUACUGGGCACAGACACCGCUGCCCCAUGGCACCCACGCGUUCCACGCCGCCUGCCCUUUCUGCGGGGCCUGGCUCACGGGCGAGCUGGGCUGCGUGCGCCUCAUCUUCCAGGGGCCGCUGGACUAGGCUCCGCUGCUUCCUCACUAGGCCGCAGCCUGCCCAUUCGGGCCCCCGCAACGUGCUCCAGCCUCGAGACAGCUCUGCAUGUAGGACUCCAUCUGCCGGACUCCGCUCCAAAACUCUGACCUGCCCCCCACAAAGGAGGGGGGGUCCCUGAGACCCUAGUCCCAGCACCAGCUGCACCCCCUCCCGGCUGAAUGGAGGGGAGCCUGCCUCCGUGCCCAGCACACAUCCUGCCGCCUACACUGUGCCCCUGGGGGAGUGAAGGGGCUCGGCUCCCUGACCCCCAGUCUAGGCUGGCUGUUGCCCGAGCCUGCCCAGACCUUCGCCCUGCUGCUGCCCCCGGUUCCUCUAUAAACCGUGUUGCUCAGCGCC